GCCGAUUCGGGAAUGUCUGAAUGAGUCUUUCUGACUGUAACCUCAUUCAUCUCACAUCGUUGACUACGUACGCCCGGCGGGCAAGGAUAUUUCUUGCUUCUGGUAUUUUGAACAGUUUCUUUUUCUGUCAUCUCAUCUCAGGGUUAGCCUAACUUGCACCGGCCUUUAUCUCUCUUAUCUUAUUGCCACUGUGGCCUUCGUAUCCUCCCCUACUGUUGAAUCAGCUAUCUAUCGGUCAACGGUGAACGUGCCGAAUGCUCACCUUAACAAUCUGACAGUCUCAACAUCUGCGACAAUGGCCAUCUACAGUGCUGUCCCACCUCCUCCGGAGUCUCCGGCAAUGUCGGCUUCGGGAGAAGCCCACCACGCCAGUGGCAACAUUCAUCAUGGGCACCACCACACGCCUUCAAUCGCUUCAACGGCGACCCUUGACAUCGAAGCAUGGACGGUGUCCGCGCUCGAGUCGCUCAGCGUGUCUGCCGAGGCCCGCGGCACCGGCACGCCCUUCUCUAUCCCGCUGGACAACAGCAUCCCCGCACCGCGCACCACCCAAGCGCGCGUAUCCAUCGACCCGGGUCUGGGCGGCAUCGCACCCCCGCGCCGGCCUCCAUCCCGCCGUGACAGCCAGCGUCGCCGUGAGCUCGUGGCAAAGGGGAACGAGGGCAGCCGACAGCGGCGCAGGUGGGAGAACGACCGUCUGGUCCACGUGCCUGGGGCGCAGCCCCCUGAACCUAUCGACUUCCAGGUCGGUCCGACGCACGUCGUGCACGAUUACGUGCCCUACCAUGUUGCUCAGCUGUGGGACCGCGGCCUGCGCGAUCAGAUUGAGGAGGACCGCGCCAGGGUCGCCGCCCUGAAAAGGAAGCGCCAGCAGCAGAUCGACGCCGGCCUACUCUCCGCUGGGGCUGAAACUGCUGCUGUGACAGUCGGUCGCGUGCCGCGCGAGCUUCGUGCCACGGCCAAGAAGACGCCGGCCCUCAAGGGUUGGGUGCGCACGCUCGAGGAGCCCGUCCGGCAGUUCCUCGUGGAGGAGGAUGCUAGGAUCAGGGCCGCCGCUGCUGAAAAGGAGCGGAAGCGGUUGGAGAAGGAGAAGGAGGCACGCGCAGCUAGCGAGGGUGAAAGUGGACUGGAUUCUGAAGAUGAAGAAAUCGUCUUCAUUGGCCGACGCCAGGCCACACCGCAAAAGUCGAGCGGCCUGGGUUGGAAAAAGGCCCACCGCGAGACGCGCGACAAAGGGGCUAUUGACUCUGGCGUCGUCUUUGACUCGUUGGGAGAUGACGAGAGUAGUGCCUUCAAACGAUGGCUUACCCACUCCAUCUCUGACUACUAUGGCCUUUCAUCUCAUUCGGCAACCACGGGAACUCCGCCGCGGAAGGUCGUAUAUGUGGGCAUCAAGCCUGCUGGCAGUGGGCCAAAGAAAACCGCACAGCUACCACAACAGCUUCCAAGGCCGAUGUGGGAGUUGUUUUGAUAAGCGUGUGAUCAAUGGUGAAAGGUCGACAUGUAAUGGUAAGUAGGUGUUGAAUAAACGUGUGGGACGGGGGUUUUUUUUUUAUUUUUUAUUUAUUUUUUUUAUUACACGAUAAAUCUGGGGGUUUGUCAUCUAAAUGGGUAGCGGUGCUACCCCAACUGUCUCCA